AUGCGAGCGAUUGUGGUCAAGCCGUAUGGCCUCUUGAACGUUGAAUCCUCUGAGGAAGAGGAGGUUGCGGCGGAGACUCAAGGAGCCGGACAAGACAAGAAAGGCGAGGGAAUCGACUUGACUCAGCCAAGCGAGGGUUCCGAUUCCAACGACGAGUAUCAUGUUGAGGGUGACGCUGGUGACCUUUAUGACAAGGAGGAUGAAGAUGACUCAUCCGUGGACCAAAGCGACAGGCAUGAAGACAAUGACAAGGAUGACGGCGAUGAUGAGGAUGACAACAAGUAUUAUGAUGAAGCUCAAGGCGGCGGUGGUCUUGACGGCGAUCACGCAAUGAACAAUAUCCCUGAGUGCGAGGAGGAAUGGUAA